CCCUUUUCUCUUGGACCAGCAGUCCAGUCAGUUCCUCUCUCCACUCUGGCUGAAGUUAGUGCCUGGUGUCGUGACGAACAGAAAGCAGCAUGAAAGAGAAAGGUAGACAAUUUCACGGCAAUGUGAACACAUGAUUGUGUGUGUGUGUGUGUGUGUGUAGUGGAGGAAGGACAGUGAGUGUGUUUGGUUUUUCUCAUGAUGUCCUCUGUUUGUCUUUGUGUCUGUGAGUUUAUGGUGCUUUGUUAGUAAGUCAUCAUUCUGUGAAAUCAGCUGUCACUUUUAGUAAUUCUGGCUUAAUGGAAUCAUUUUAAUAUUUCUCUAUUUUUGAACUUUUACUGCUGUUUCCUACCUGAUGUUUGGAGGUGCCAUUUGAUUGUUUUAAACUUCAUAGAAAGUAUUAUUAUCUUGUCUUGGUGCGAUAAUGGUUUGUGUGACAUUUUCUUCUACUUCUGUGUUUUAAGAAGCACUUUUUAAAGCCUGAAUUGUAAUACCUGGUAAAACUUGUCCUUUUGCUAUCCUGAAGCUCUGGUAAAAGAUUUCUAAUGACAAUAUGAGUUUUUUAAGUGCUGUAACUCUUUAUUUUUAAACUGUAAAGACACAAAAAUGUUGCCCAAAUCUAGACACUUAAUCUGGAGUUAAAAACUUUGGCUGCCAAGUGGGGAAAAGGUGCAGGCACAGCUGUCACAGCUAAUCGUACAUCAUCGUGGUUGGGUAAGACCAACAUGUGAUUUCAGCUAUUCAAAUACAACUGAACACAUGAAGUAUUUUACCUUAAUUAUGACAUUUUGAAUCAGCAGGUAUAACACAAUACUCAAUUGUGAUACUAAUAAUGAACUGAACUUAUUCAGUCAAUAAUUUGUGGCAUCAUAUGGGUAAGUACCCUCUGUCAUUCCCUGAACAUCAACAAGGGGACUUUAUUUAGAGCUUUUGACUCAUUCUGCCAACUAAUGGCUCUUCAACUAGCAUUGAAAAUGUUGUAUCGUGUACAAAAACAUUAUGUCUUCUUAUUCGGGAAACCAUCAAACAGUAGGAAACAUCAUUAUUAUCAAUUCAUGUGGCUUGACUAAAUCCAGUUGCCGGCCACAUAAAUAGAAUCAUAUGAUCUUAUUGUACUGCAGCGGUCGGUUAAAUUUAGUGAGCAUACCAGAAAUUUCAGUUCUUUCUGCUAACCUAACAAUAGAAAUCAGCUGUACUGCAUCACUGAAACUUCUGGAAAAUUCAAAAUAGAUACUGCCUCCCUUCCUGCAUGAAUCAAAACACACACAGGACCAUUGGUACAUUUUUUCAGCUGGAGAUAGCGGGCAGUGUGAUUAGCUGUUCCUCUCAGGUUUCUCUCCAUUUGCUGUCUUUCUAAAUCCACCAUUUGCUAAGACUUGACACCAGAUCAGCUUCACAUUGUGGGAGAGAUCAAGAAAGAGUGAAAACAGUUUAGAGUAAUUCCAUCUCAGGACUCCACAUGCCAGUUUGACCAUUUAAACAAUAGCAAAGAUAAAGAAAACAAAAAGAUAUUAUUUACAUUUAUGAUAUUUAUGACAUAGCAGGCAUACAAAUACUCAACUGCACUGAUUCAAUAUUGUUUUAUACAGCUGUAGUUUUAUCAGACAGAAGUCUUAUACUAUAAAUUUUCAACAAAGGGUGCUUUGGUGCUCAUACUAUGAUAAAUCCGUUAUACUGUAUGUGUCCUUGUUAGCAUCACAAGUCUGUUCCCAACAUCAGACAAAAAUAUCUCGGACGAAAGCCAGUGUGGCUGGGAUUGGACUCAUACCAUGAUUAAAAGGAUGGGUUAUAUUCCCGCUGGAAUUUCGUUUACUUUGGCAGAAGUAACUUCCACAAGAUCUGAUGGCUGUUUUAUUAGACUCACACUAUGUUUUUCUAGUGGCAGGAGUAGCAUUUUCUUUUCAAAAUGACCAAACUCCUUUUUUAUAUUCAAGAAAGUUUAAAUUCAUUUGUUAGUUUUUUGGGGGUAUUCUUACUUAGCAGUCCUGGUAACACUUCUUUAUGGUGUUAGAUUGUUAAAAAAAAUACAAGAAAUGCAAGAAAAGCACAUUUCCACUGAUGCCUAAUGUAGACUGAAAUAAUACAGCUGGCCUAUGAUGGUCGUUUUUAUCUCCACAAUGUACACACCAGUUCUGGCAGUUCCUGGAAACUUUACAUUGACCUUUGCGAAGCACGGUCUCUUAAUCCAGUUUGUUACUGCAUACUUGUUACCAUAGCAACAAAUCUCUCCGGUUGUGGGUCUGACUAAAGGCUACAUACCAGUGGUGUCUGACUCAGUUUUUGAGAAAUUUGCAAGGCUGACUUGGGCAGUAAAAAAAAAAAAAAAAUCAGUGUCCAGCUUUUAGUUUGUGGAAAUGUUUCUGUUCUGGUCAGUUAAAUGUAAACAUCCAUGCUGUUGAUACUGGGAUUAUCAAAGGUGUAUUUUGGGUGUAGCUGUUAUUUGCUUAAGAUUUGUAAAGACUUCUUUUUACAGCCAACUGUGUAUAAACAGGGAAAGGUUUAGCUCAUGUGUCUCUUUAUCUAUUCUUGUGCCGUGUGUUGAAACACUGGGAGGCAGAGCACUCUCAUCGUGCCACAUUCUUUCCUCUCUCUCCUCUGCUAAUCACAUUCAAGACCUCUCAAGUGGGCUGUGAUUAGAUUGUACAGGCAUCCACUGCUUCUGCUGCCAUAAAACAUGAAAGGGACAGAAUUAGAAGAACUAAGGCUGAGCUUUCUCACUACCGUCUGAGAUAAGUCUUUCCAUAAGAGCACAAAUCCACAUGCUGAUAUAGAGAUAUAGAUAUACGGUAUACUAGAAAGAGAAAAUAUGUUUAUUGUAAUCUGUUGUGGGUUGUCAUGUAGUAAUCUGUAGACUGAUGUGAUUGUAUGUUUUAAAAGCACAAUCCAAAGCAAGGCGAGUUUGCACAUUAUGUUCAGUUAUGUAAGCGCUGACAGGACCUUUCUGAGAGGCUAUUGUAUUGUAACGAACAGCUCAGAGUCAGACAGAGAAGAUUAACCUGCUGCCUGAAUGACACUGACCUUCUAACUAGGAGGACCGUGCUCCUGGUUUGCUUGUUCCAAUCAAGACAAAACACUGGAAAAAAAUGUUUUUUCCACAUGAUUUUCAUUUGUCUCGACAUUAUCUGAGUGGAUUACUCUGAAUUUUAGACUGACGUCAUGUCUCAGACAACACAGUGACUUUAGCUAUCUCGUUACUUUUCCUUUAACUACUUCCCAAUCAGAUACCCACUGAGCAUUUUUUGGUCUAAAAGAGGUCUAAUAGAUGUCUAAAUGUAUACAUCUAUACAAUGUGGUAUCUAUACUGCAUUGUAUAUUGCUCAACGGCUAUCGUAAUUAUUUUGGUUAAGUACUUGGAGAUCAGUUAAAGUGCAACAUCUAGAUUCCAUCUAAAAAUAUACAGAAUCUAGACCAUUGAAAUUAUGUCUAAAAGAAAAACUAGACAUCUAAUAGCCAUCUAUUGCUCAGUGGGUAGCCAGGCAACUUAUAGUGAAUUAUCUUGUUCUUUACCAGCAUUUCUUUUUAAGUCACAAUGUCUCAUUAUUAGCAGGUUUGACCAAAACACUUUUAGUUGGUGCAACUAAUCACAGCGAAGAAAUGUUUGGCUAAGCAGUUGGCCAAACAUUUCACACAAUUUCCUAGCUGAUUCUAACACUUUGUACGUCCGGUACACUCAAGUUUAACAGAUACUGGCAUACUAAAGGUUCCAGGAAAUAACAUGAUUCAGAUUGUCAGUGUAGUAGCCAUUCUGAACAUUAAUGAAAAGCCUCAUGUCAUUUUACCCUGAUCCACAGAAGAUAAACAAUUGUUUGUUCUGACCUAAAUCAUGAUGGAUAAAAAUCUGUCUGAUGGGAACCAGACUCAUAUGGUAGAGCAGAUAAAACAUAUGCUAUUUGCAGAUUAGUCUGGUUCUCAGGGCUACACUUUGAGAGAAGUGAGAGAGUGUCAACUUCAAAAGCAAAUCUGAGGACUGUAAGCUACAUUUUGAGUAACUUACUGAUUGCCCCAGUGGCUCAUGCUGCAGUGCUUAAGUUUAGCCUUACAGAGCUGCAUGCAUGGCUGUAGAUGCGUGGCUUUUUAAUUCACUUUCAUUUGUUACACAUUAUGAUAAGACCUUCAGAACUUCUUGAAUGAAAAGAAACAGAUAUGAAAAAAAGGCUUGCUAAAUUCAGGAGGUAAAAACAACAGUUCAGUCACAGAGAGUUGGCACAAAGAGUUUUGUUUAGCGAACAAAACGAUGGUGAUCAAUGAUGAAGAAUAUAACUGUUAGAACUGAAGAGCUUAACUGUUCAACUUUGUCUGUCUCUCCUGUCCCAUAGUGCUACAUAAUGAUGAUGGCUGCAACACUCCUCAAUCAGGGAAGCGUGCCAUCCAGUGCUUCAGAUGUGGGGAACCAUGCAAGGGAGAAGUGCUGCGGGUCCAGACCAGCUACUUUCACAUAAAGUGCUUCUCGUGCAAGGGUGAGAGGUGACCGCAUGUUGACAUAAGUCCUUUUGGAAAUUCACAGUGCAGAUAGAACAGACCAGAACAUCAUUAGAACUCUGUGCAGGUGUUUUACUUGCAAAAGUGGAGUCUUUGAAAAAAACCCUGAGAGCAGUUCUUUGAAUACUAACCUUAUGUAGAUGAAUGAGUAAAAGCUCCUAUAUGAAUUUAGUCUACAUCAUAAAAAUUAACAGAGGCUGAAUAACACUCUUAUAGAUGGUUUGAGUACAUUCAGCCAAAGGGUCAAUGAAAUUUGGGUGUCAAUCAUCAGCAUUCACCAAGGUACUAAAGUGCUUUUAGACGAGAUAACAUUGUGCUCGCAUAUCUCAUUCCCUCUGAUAAUUUUGGAUUGAACUUAGUUUGCAUCUCUGUUGCGUUGUUGUGAGAGUCCCUAGAGCUGAAACACUCAUCCACCGGAGUUACCCUGUUUUGUGGCAAACAUAUUCCCUCUGCAUGCAUCCAUCCCCACUAAUUUAAACAGACAAGCUUCUCAUGUUGUUUCCCUUUCAUCGCAUUGUGUUGGUGUUUACAGCAGGGACGAAACAAAGAGACUCUCAGUGCAGAGAGGCCUGCAGACCUUUAACAAGACCUGGAGGAUUGAGGGGGUAUUUGGGUUUUAAGCAACUUUUAUGUCACUAUGAGAAUAUAAAUAACAUUUUGUUAGUAUAACCAGUCAUUAAACUUCUAAUGUAAGUAUAUUCAGAGUAAUAUGAGCAUUUUUGUAUAACAUUUUACUUUUAUAUAACACAAAGUUAUCUGAUUAGACAAAAGGCAUUGGCAUGUCUGUGGUUAUUUUUGGCACUCAUCAAGCUAUCUCAUCCCAGUGACCAACACAAAGCCCUGCUGGUAUUCAGGACUAAAGCACUCCCUCUUGUGUGGCAUUGCUUUAAUAAAAAGAAAACACUAAGUUAAGUUAUUCAAACAUAAUUUUCACAAAUGUCAACACAGUGUCAUGCAUAUUUUCACAACUUAAAAUAAGAUUUUCCUUAAAAAUAAUAAUGUUGUACAUUGUGGGUGAGUCACAGUAGGACAGAAAAAGAGCAAGAAUCUGUCCUUGGCAUCUCAGUCAACUCUGUUGUGAUGUGAUCAGAGGGCAAGUGUCAGCAGUGGGUUUGGUGGUGUCAAAUGACUGUGAACAAAAUAAAGAGCACGCCUCCCUCCCUCCCUGUUGGUAACUCGUCACUCUUCAAAUAAACACAUAUACUACACACACACACACUGCCAUAGAGAAACAAACAUGUACCAGUGCACAUACUGUAUGAAGAACUGCACGCAGACAUAUAAACACUUAAACCCCCGAGGGAAUCAAAGGUCAGGCAGCUCCUAUAGCAAUUUGUCCUUCCUGAAUUGGAAACAGUUAAACAGCUGAAAUAAAUUGUGAUAAUUCUGUUUCUAAGUUUAUUUUCACUACUAAAACUCCACAAACAAAACAAGAAAAAAGUAUUAGCUGUUUAGCAACAGCAGAGUAGUAACUGGUAACAUAUAGUGAUCCACAUGCUAAUGACUGGGACAUUGAAUUUUACUGGGAUGGGAUGGCAUGAAGGGCCCACAAACACACAUGCAUACACACACAUCACUUUCUGUGAACCAACUAUCAUAUCAACUUUAGCUCCUAACAUUUAGGUGUCUUACAGAUGUAAAUAACAUGAAUUCCUGAAAACACAGGGCAAAUUCUUGCACUUUGUCAAAAUACCUUUCUCUUUGGCAAUAUUUUAGUACCAAAAUAACAGUUCAAUGGACUGAUUCCUCUCCUACACAUCUCUUAAAGUCCCAACGUAAAAACCACUAAACUAAUAUGCAAAGAAAGUGACCAUAUUCUGUUGCAGCUCAGUGCAAAUACAUCUGCAGUUGAUACUGACACAAAUCCUGUCAAUAAAGAAGGCAUGCUGCCCAUAAUAGUUGAGGAUAUUGGGGUGGCAUCUGAGAUGUCCAAUCAGGUUUCAUUAGUGGCCCAUGCCACCCCUCUAAAUAAGCCCUUGGGGACUAACACUUUUAAUGAGAAAUCUUUAUAAAGUGAUAAUAUUUCAAGCAGAAGAUGACAUGAAUAAACUGCAAGUACUAAACACCAAACUGAACCUGUUUUAAAAGGUGUUCUGGCUAAAGAGUCAAAUGGUUUACCUGUACUAAACUAACAAAAAUGAUGGUUUGUAGGAGAUGAAACGCUGUGAAAAGAGACAGGAGGUAGAAGCUAGAGUCUCUGUUCUGCAUAAAGAAUUCAAUGCAGAAUGUAAGUGUUUAAGUGGUCAAAGUUAAAUAGAUUUAACCUCUUAGUUAUGCUAAAGCUGCUAAUUGAUACCUUUGACCAACAUUAGAGAAACAGGUCAAAAAACACAUGGCAUGUGCUGCCACAUUAUGAAGCCACAGACAGGUUUGAAUGAAUGAGGUCGAGUGUCUACACCUUAAGCUGAUUAGCUUGAAGCCACCCCUCACCAGCUGUAUUAGCUUUACAUUUAGCCGCUAACCUUGGAUGUCAACCGGGUUGAGCAGGAAACCAGUCUAUCCACAGCUGUGACACCAGCUUAUCUGCACCAGUAAAAAUGGUACCCAUGAUGCAUUGCUUCAGAGAUAAUAUGAAAUAGUUGCUUUUUGCAUUAGUAUUUUUUCUGCCAUUCUCAAACCUUGUGAUAUGUUUCUCUCUGUAUUUCUUUGUGUGUGUGAAGUGUGUGGCUGUGACCUGGCUCAGAGUGGUUUCUUUAAUAAGAAUGGUGACUACCUGUGCCCACUGGACUUCCAGAGGCUCCACGGCACGCUCUGCAGCAGCUGUGGGGAGUUUGUGGAGGGAGAGGUGGUCACAGUCCUCGGGAAAACUUACCACCCAGCGUGCUUUGUGUGCACUCUUUGCAAGUAACUGAGACUUUUGAUCACCCUGUAAUGCUUAGAGAAAAAUGACUUAAAUCUUAAAUGAUUUUGAGGCACAUCUUUAUCUCUUUAUUUGAUUCUCAGACAACGCUUUCCUGCGGGAGAUUGUGUUACCUUCAGUGGGAAAGACUGCCUCUGUCAGCGCUGUAUUCGGCCCAUGUCACCAACACCGAACAAUGUCCGCUAUCCCAGCAGUAAGUUCAGCUUUAUAGAGUCAAGGAAAAUAACUUCAUUAGUGCCCUAAGUUAUUGAUCAUUCAGUUUUUAGGGACAAAGAAAACCACAACACCUCAGGACCUGAUAACUACAUCAGCUUUUGCCAAAGAGAUCUUGAACGUCUCUCUGGACUCUAAAUAGUGUUACUAAUUCAAGUUCAAGUCCUCCCUAGUGCUUUUUAUACCUUUUUACAACACUGUGUUGUCAUUAGCCUUAAAAAAUCCAGAUCUUUUCGGGUCAAGUACGCACUAACAAGUGAUCUUAUAGAGGGCAACCCUCCACCUUGACUUUAUAUAGCAAGGGGAUCAAUAGAGGAUCCAGACUUACAAAGCCUCUGGAUUAACAGGAUCUCCCUGGGGGAUUUAGCAGAAAGAAACUUGUUUAAUUCUAGUAAGGGACAGGGACUUUCACUUUUACUUUUUCGUAAAUAUAAUUAGCUCUAAAAAUAAACAGACAAAAUGACAUAACUGUACCACGUAACAAGAGAUAAAUUAAGCCUAAAAGAUUGAUUGAAACACUGCAAGUCUGUUCAGCUUACUUGUACGUGUGUGUGCGUUUUCAGACUGCUCUGGCUGUGGCCGAGACAUAAAGAACGGACAGGCUCUGUUGGCGAUGGCGGGACAGUGGCAUCUCGGCUGCUUCAAGUGUAAAAUCUGCAAGAAAGUGCUGAGCGGAGAAUAUAUCAGCAAGUAAACACAUAACUGUCCUUUCUUCCAGCUUUUAUCAUUUUAUCUUAUUUCAAAAGGUAUAAAUGACUCUUAACAUCAAAUAUAAAGUUAAGAAAAGGAUGUUUCUUUGUCUUUCAGGGAUGGUGUUCCAUAUUGUGAGAGGGACUACCAGAUUCAGUUUGGAGUACAAUGUCAUGCAUGUCAGAAGUUUAUUACAGGAAAAGUCUUAGAGGUGAGAAAUACUUUCAGUGAGUGUCAAAGUUGGGAUUUGAUCUGUGACUGCAUUUUAAGCUAGCUCAAAAGUUUAUUUAAUGUAACAAUACAAAUCUAUAACUACUGAAAGACUGUUUUUGUCUGUCUUAACAAGGAUUAAGCUCAUAUUUGAAGUUGGAUGAAUGAAUUAUCCUGUAAUUAGCUUUCAUUAUCAUUUCAUUCACAAGUUUUUACUUAUUUUGACUAAAGAUGUGUUUUGUUUUUUUUUUUUAAUCACAACUUCACUUUGGUAAUUAAACAACAAUGUACAGAGUGACAGUUUAACUUAGUGGUGAAAAUGAUUAAAUCAAGUGUCCCAUGUACUGAGGCUUCAGUCGUUCACAUAAGACCUGGGUUCAGUUUCCGCCUGUGGCCCUCAGCUACUUAUUAUUCCCGCUCUCUCAAGUUUCUAGUUUUAUCCACUCUCCUGUUCUCUAAAUAAAAGUCUUAUAUCUGUGGAUAUGAUGGUUUUUGGCAUUUACAGUUUGAUAUGAAUACUAUAAAAAGCCCUUUAAUUGUGGGUGAGUAUGUCUGUUUUUUGCAUGUAUUCAAGAAUGAAGCCGGUGUGUGAGGAGACAGUAAUGAGGGGAUCUUUAUAUUCUAACAUCCUGAGAUCACCUCCAUACUGUAUCAUAGUUUAUGGGGACAAGGGAAAAUGAUCAGAAUCAGAAUACUUUAUUUAUCCUGGAAGGAAAUUCAGUGUAAAUCGCACUUUUAUCAACAACAGAUCUAUUUAAUUUUAUGAAAAAAAAACUGAUACUUCCUUAUUAUAUGGGCAUAGACAUGCAUGUCUCUGUAUAUGUGUAAAAAGUAAAGGGAUGGCUGUUGUUAACUCUUAUGGCUCUUAUAUCCAGGCAGGGCACAAACACUAUCACCCCAGCUGUGCACGAUGCAACCGAUGUGACCGGAUCUUCAAAGAGGGUGAAGAAAUGUAUCUGCAAGGUCAGUUCAAGACAGAAACUACUGCAUAUGGAUUUCCAUGAAUUUUCAUACAUGUAUAUUUAAUUUCACAAGCUGCAAUUUUCUUUUUCACAAGUCCAGGAUAUCAAAUAAUACCUGUAGACAACUGUUUUUAAAUUUACAGGAAAAACUAUUUGGCACCCUUACUGCAGAGACAUCAGCAGCAGAAGUGAGGACAACUACAGGGUAAGAGUUUAGUUAAAAACAUAUAUCAUGUGUUAGGGAUUCACACAGGUUUUUAGGAGGGCAGCUGGUGCAAAUACCUGUGCAAUGUCAUCAUGAUACCCGAGUUAGUUACUAAGCAUGCCGAUCUGAACACUAUCGCUUCAUUACAUGCUCUCUUCCUCCUCAGGUCAGCAGACAAAAAACACCUUGUCUUGAUUUCUUUUACCCUCCACAUGAGCUGAAGGUUAAUACUGAACAAGCUUGCUGCUUGCACCUGUAGUUUUUCUUGCGUGAGCUUAAUCUCAUGUCUUGAGAUUAACAGCGCUGACUUGUUUUACAUGCAAUGUGAACUCUUUGCUCACUGAGUUUGCCAGUUAGAUCUUGUGUUUGUGAUUCAACAAAGCCAGACGAGGACACAAGAAAUUAAAAACUACAAGAUUAAGUUUGUUUUUUUCUCUUUAGAAAUGGUGUAAAGGGAGUUUUAUAUUGUAGGGCACCUAUAAAGGUAAUGCAAUGAUUAUUUAACCAUAUCUACACCUUUAAAUAAAGUUAGCUUUAACAUAUCCAACAAUGACAGUUCUGCAUAUUCGACUGUAUUGUUUACAUUCAUCUCCUGCACAAUCACAAAUGAUCUUAAUCCAGACAAAGCUAAACGUCAUGGUGGCACUUUGAUGGUGUAAUUUAGGAUAGUGCUAAAGGUUGGACAGUCACAGCAAAGAUUACACAAUUAAUUCAGCAAACUAAUUGUGAGAGUAGUGUGAAAGAGGACAUUUCAGGUCCACUUUGGGAUCCCACUCACCCUGUCGGGGCUCUGAUCCAUGAUGACAACCUGCUCACAUUACUCUGCUUACAAGACUACUUAUUUGUUGUAUCAAUAAUUUUACACCAAAUAUUGAUUUUGAAAUCAUUCAAUAGACCCUGCCCCCACAACAGCCAUGUCCUUGUGCUAAGGGUGGGAAACUCCUGUUUCACUAUCAUGUAUUAGUGGGUCACAAAUCGUACAAAUCUCAGUAUUCUGACUAUGUGUGGUUAUUUCACAGCCACACAGACUAAAGACGGGGAUGAUCAGGAGAAAUAGAUCAUAUUCUCACUUGGAAAGAACAUUUGACAGCCCAUUAGCUAACAUCCGAACACAUUAUCAUAGUAGUCAUCUAUAAAACAAACAAUAUGCUCAUGCAAAAGUUUCUCUUUUCUUGUCAUGCCUUUUUUGUUUGAGUGCCAUCAUCACAUUAGUAGAGCUCUCUCACAGCCUUCAGUUUUUGCCUUUAACCUUUCCUGCCCCUUUUCACUGUUUGUCUCCUUUUUGGUUUUCCCACAGAUUGCACAUUAAUGAUUUUACAUUUAGUUAGACUGUGUGUUUCUUUGCGUGUUUCUCAUUUCAAUGGUCUUCUAUCAAGAGAUAACAGACUAUUGUGUUGAACAAUUGCUUUGGUGUAACAAAACACAAGUGCUCCCUCCAGCCAAAUUUAAACACGGAACAAUAGACAGGUUGAAAUAUGUCUAGCCUUCACUGAUGGGUAGAAAACAUUGUUUUGUUUCUUGUGCACAUAAUUGGCAUGUAGGUGCAUGAUGCUGAUUGUGCUUGUAGUGUAGAGACUCUGUAAGAGAGGCUGAAGCUCAAAGUGACGUCAAACAAACAGUCACGUUUCCUUUUUCUUUUUCCUUAGCCCACGUCCUCAUCUGAGAGCUCAUCCUCCAGGCCGGGCUCAUGCACCCCAGGGAGUCCUGGUCGAACUAUCUGUGUAAGUUCAGACAAAAGCCUCCACCUCAAAUCUUCCAUGGUGCAUUAUUCACCAUGGGUUGAUUUACAUUUAUCCUUUAUUCAUACAGGGGAAUCGCAUGGACAAAGGGUCUCUCAUGCAAGAUGUUUCUUUUUGACAAUAAAUGUUGGCCUACUUUAAUAUCGAUGACAUUUGUAAAUGUUUUGAACUGAACCUUGACUGGUUGGAAGUAGUUUCAUCUUGCUUUUAUACAAAUGGGGUUUCAAUUGUGGUUGAAGAAUGCUUACUUCUUAAAUUAAUCAUUAAAAUAAUGAAAAGAACAACCACAUAUUGAACAAGAAUUUAGAUUUGUACGCUUAAUCAAUUUGAAUUUGCUGCCAAUUCAGAUUGUAUUUGACUGCAAAAACAACCCGGUGCUUUCAGUGUCCUUUUGAUUCCUCCAUUUAGUCUUCUAUGAUCCAAACCUUUUUUUUUUUAUCGUAUGGAAUGAACUUUAUACCCAUAAAAAAAUACAAAUAAACUCACAUUACGAGCUGAAAUAGUUUUGUACUGGAAGCCAAACUAUACAUGUAUAUAUACGUAUGUUGAAGUAAAAACAGGCAACAGAUUAUCUUCAUCUGUCACCACCAUGUGCCAAAAUUAACUAUCUGUGGUGUUAUGGGAUUAAAGUUUCAUUCCUCUGUGAAGUGGUGUAAUGAGUGACCUUUGACUUUUUACCUUUACUGUAUGUUCCUUCUGCCCUCCCCCUCUUUGCUCUCCUCCCUUCUCCUGUCCCCUCUCCUCAUUGUCUUGGUCCCAGGCAAAAGUAGAUAAUGAGAUCAUUGAUUACCGAGACUUAGCGGCAAUUCCCAGAGUCAAGGCUAUAUAUGAUAUAGAGCAUCCUGAUAUGAUAUCUUAUAAGAGUGUCAACGACACCCCCUCUACUUUGGACAACAAGAGCCACAGACAGGACAGGCAAAUCCCCGCUGAGGUAAUUCAUUCAAUGCUCCAAUUUUUAUCCAGUGACAUGUUUGUGUGUCAUUGUUGGUGUGUUUUUUCUUGGUUUGACGUAGGAGUCAAACCAAGUGACGUAUUUUGACGUUUAAACGUGAGUGUGUUUUGUUCAAAAUGAAAAAAGGCAUUUACUCCUAAAUGGAUAGAUGUCUCUUUGUGUAUUUGAGAGAAAUAGUGUGUCUGCAUUAAGAAAACGCCUCAAUAUUGUGUCAAAAUCCAGACAAACAGAAAACAUUAGCAUUUUAAUGGCCGAGCACCCUCAGUAAGCAUCUUCAAAGUAUCAAACUAUGAGAAAUUAGUUGAAACUCAGUUUGAAAUAAUUGUCAUUUACUAUUGUGUCAUGUUGUCAGUUGCUGGAAUUAAUUGCACGUUGUUGACUAACUAUUCACAGCAUCAGAUUUUGGAGUUAGCAGUGCAUUAUAACACUUACUAAUGCAAAGCAGGGCUCAAAAUAAACUUAUUUUUAACCUGGCAGCAAUAGUACUCCGACCUUCAAAAAGUCAGCAGCACCAGCAAAAGUGUUUGAGCACCCACUGAAAAUAAAGAAACACCACAACUGCUUACUGUACAUAACCUGUGAAGUUAGACGGCCUAAAAAGAAAAGCGAUCCCUCAGCCUUCUCUCCAGCUUCUGUCUUCAGCUCCUUUGAAUUUGCAUUAGUUAGUUCCCUGUCAUGUGAUAAUGCAGGGCAGUGAAAGGCACUGAUUGAAGGUUAACACUAAUCAAUCUUGAAACAGCACUCAAACUUUAGACUAUUAACUUGACAAUAAGACAUAAACCAAAGGUGUCUAACUAAACCAACCCAGUCUACAGAAGUGUUUUUCUUUGCAAACUGAGCAGAUUUUUGUGCUUGGUUUUCUUUGAGAUAUGAGCGUUUAUUUUAUUUUGUAGGUGCUUAGAAGGGGCUAAAAUAAGACUAUUUUAUGCAUCUGUGCUACUUGUGGCCACAUUUUCCAGAGGCUUUAAAUAAUGGGUUGCUCAUAUUAAUGCAUAAAUAAUAACAGAGAUUGUUUACUUACUAUUUCAAAAACUGAUCUAGAGACGGAAGUGUAGAGUUGCUAUUAACUUGCUACUGCCACUAACUAAGAGUAACUAGAUGUAUUUCCCUCAUAAUCAAACCUUUUGUUUUCUCCUUUUAUGUGUUUAAACUGGAAAACCUUAUAACUCUCACAACCUUAUCACCCCUCAAAUUUAGCUGAAGAAUAAGAUUUGUAAUAAAUUUAGAUGCUCUAAAACACAUUUGGACUUUUGGCAUCAAGGACUUUUUUCUUGAUAUCAGACAAAUGUGGAGAUAUAAGGUUUCUUCCUAUGUUUUUGCAAUACAGGGGUGUGUCCAAAUGGAUUGUCUGGGGUGGAAUGAUCCCCACAAAAUCAGUUCAGUGACCCCAGGAGCCACCCCUCCAUACAUACAACUUUUUCUUCAAAUAGUUUAAGAAUUCAUAUUUAUGACUUUAUACUAGCUACUCCUUUAAAAUAAAAAUAAAAUAAAAAAAAAACAUUGCAUGAAUCCCUCGUGUUGGUAAUUAUUGGAGACAUAGUUAGUGGAGACAAAAAUGCUAGAUGGAUGAUUUUCAAACACGUGUCACUGAAUGUUCACACUUCAUGUCAUCCCAGCAUAAGUCUAAGCCCCAGUUGGGACACCCCAAUCAAAAGUGUGGGCACACCCCUGUAACUGAAUGCUUUUUUUCCCUUUAUGAUUGAUGUUACUGAUGUAUUGAUUUGUUGUCUUUUAUUUAGUCCCCGGGCAACGUAUCUGAAGGUACUGAGGUAAUUCUUUCUUUAUUUUACCCAAAUAUACACAGACGUUUUCACACAUGACUCAAUCUUUGAAAUCUUUUAUAUAUUGUGCAUCUUAAAGUUUUUUUUUCUUUGUAUUUUAAAGGACAGUUUAGAAAUAAGAAAGUACAUACCAAAAUCUACAAGUCAUGGAUCUUUUGGAGUUCACGGGGCAUACAAUCGUCACAGCUACACCCCAACUCUGUCCAGGUCACCUCAACACUUCCACAUGCCAGGUGAGACAGGACCCUCGGUUCUUAUUGCAUAGAUAUGAAUCCCCCCUCUGCUCUCUUUUUCUCUGUUCCUCUGUCUCUACAAUCUAAAAACACCUUCACUUUCUUCCCACAUCUUCUGUGGUAUGACAAGCAGGGAUGAAGUCCUCUCCCUCUUUGUGCUCUGACAACAAUGACACUUGCCCUACCUCCCCUUUAUUUCACCACACCCUCCCUCACGCCAAAGGUAAGCUCCUUUUUUCCGAUGCACCCCUCCUCUCACUUUCUUUAUCCUUACCUGUUUGUUUAACCUUAAAAUCUCCUAAUGAAUACAAAUGUAUAAUGGAAGUUGAUACUCCAGAGAAGUGGGAAUAUGGUGAACCCAAUUACCAAAAUUGUAGAAAACAAAAAAAAAAAAAAAGGUUUCGGGGUUUAUUUAUAAAUGCUUUUUGUGUGCGUCAUCUGGGUUGGGGUGAACACCUGUACAGGUACCAACUAAAAACCGUUUUUGUCACUGUAUUUUGCUUACUCCAAAAUACCAAUAAAAAAGACCCUUAAGAAUAGAAAGAUUUGACUGUAGACACAAGCUGCGUCCGAAUUGCCAAGUAGUAGUCGAAGUAGUAGUCGAAGUAGUAUCUAGCAUGUCCGAAUUGGCCACCGGAGCGGGUAGCAUGCUACUUCAGAUACUACUUCAGAUGCUAGACACGCCCACAUUGUAGGUUGGUCUCGGUGCAUCCUACGGGCAUGCUACUGACCCAAAAUGCACCGCGGGCUUCUUCUUCGUCCUCUUAAAAGUUGUAGAGGCGCAUGUGAUGCUAGCGCCACCAGCUGCUCUGCCUAUUUAAAAGUGUCGCGAACGCCGGCUGGCCACAGCAGCGCGCACCAUGUCGGAGCAGCAGCAGCAGCAGCAGCAGGCGGGACCGCAGCAGUACAGAUGUAAGUUUCAUGUAACUUCACACACUGUCCUAAAAAAUGUGCGGUUGUAUCUCUUUGUCAUGUCAUGGUGUCAUAUUUGCCCAAGUAAUCAUUUUAUGAGCAAGUGGCGACAUCAUGGAGGUAAAGCUCACUUAUUCCAUCAUUAAACUGCACAGCUGCAGUACUACAGCCAGGCCCGCAGAUGAGGGGCUUCAGUUACCACUGUCUGCACGGGCGCAGUACCUACUCUCUGCCUGCGGGGGUCGUCUUUCCCCACCGCUCGUCUAGUGUGUCCGAAUUGGGCCAACGUUUUUAGUAUGUAGGAGUAGGAUCUAGCAGUAGCACGUAGCAGUAGCAUGUAGUAUCCGAGCGGGCAGUUCGGACGCAGCAACAGACUGGGCUCUACUUCUUAUUUAGAAAUACUGAGCCAUCUAGUGGUCAAAGUAUAAGAGACUGUCAACCACAAACACACACUCUGCCAACAGUGACAGCCCAGCUCUCAGUGAAGAGGGAGCUGCCCUCUAUCUACUCCAACAUGUAAAAAUAAUUGAUGCAAAUCUAUAUUAGAGUAGGUUUGUAUUAAUAUUUUACAGUUUACUGAAAAUGUAUUCAUGUCUCUGUUUACUCUUAUUCUGUUAUAGUUGUUUUGUGAUUCAGAGUCUGUUUUGCAAUGGGCAUGUUUGUGUUUGGAUAAAAUAUAACAACUUUGACAUGUAAUUAUUGGCAUGUUUUUUCUAUUUGUUUUUCCUUUGUUUUUUCCCUUUAUUUCUUUUUUUUGGAGCUGAAAAUAUCUAGCCGCUAACAACCUGUCCAGCCUAGGUUAUUUUUUUGCAAUGGCUAGCAGUGUACUGUCAUCAAACUGAUUUUAAACAACAAUCUACUAUCUGUACUUGAAUGCUAAAUAUAUACUGUUAUCUGAGUUUAGCCUUGAUCUGAUGAGACAGCUUGACAUAGACAGGGAAUGUGUUGAGACAAAGAAGCAAAUGACAUGAACUAACUCAUGUCAAGCCUAGGAAUCAUGCCUACAACCACAGCCUCUCUACCCAGCUAACUCAGCAGUCAAAUGUAGAAGUUUUUAUGUUUGUCAUGAGCACAGAAUGAUGAUUUUGACAAUUAAAAUGAAGCAGGAUACGAUUUCUGUUUUAUCUUUAUCAGAAAACACUUCUUAUACACUUUAAGGGAUGAUAACAUUAAAGGUGCAUCACUGACAAUAGGGGGUGCCAAAUCCACACAAACUAAAGUUCCUUACUGGAGCUUUGGGCAAUAUUUCUCUUUAUGCACAAGCUGAAAUUCAAAAUGCAGCAAAAUGUUUACACUGACUUUGUGUCAUUCAGAUUCUGUUGUGUGUUAUUUCAGAAUUCAUUUUUUUUUAACGGUAUUAUUUUUCUUUUCACAGACGAUGGCUUCAACAUGUACAGGAGGCCGCCCAUUUACAAACAGAAAGGUACUUAAAGGCCUAUUUCCUUCAGGAUGUUACAUUGUUAAUGAUGUGAGGCUUGAAAUGGCCACAUGCUUUAAAAGGUACUGAUAGUUAUUUUUUAAUUUUUUAUUUUUUUCAGUUAUAAAAAUUGUUGCAUGCUUGUAGAUUUUAGAUUAUAUUGGUCUUUCAGUUUUGGUGCAGUCAUAUGUUAUGUUGUAAAAUAUACAAACUGCAAUAUAUCGAAUUAAAGGUAAAGUUAUUAACAUGUGUCAUCCUUUGAAACUUGUAAUUAUCACCAUUCAUACACUGAAGAUGUUGGUGGAUUACUUCUUUGCGUCAGAGUUUUAUUCAAAAUAAAUGAUUUUCUCCUUUUUUAGACAUCUUUCUAUUUCCCUUUUCCUUUUUUUGUUGAGCGCUCUAUAACCUACAUUUUACAAAAAUAAAAGGUAUUAGAGACUAUUAUAUCAAGUGAGUACAAAUGCUGAAUCUUGUUAGUUAAAUUGGGUUGGUAAGAAAAUGUAGCCAAGAAAUUUUUGACUCAUUCAAUGUCCAAGACUAUUUAAGGUCAUACUAGUCAGCAUAUAAGGUAUUUACAGUAAUCUGUAGACAAACAGAUUGCAAAGUUAACAAGUUUAACCUCAACGAUGGUGUCAAAGGUGGUUCAUAGGUACCUAAUAAUAGAAUAAUACUAGGAACUCUGUAAAGCAAAGUAGAGGGCUAAAUCAAGACCUUCAUGAGUCCAUUUUACUCAGCUGGGCUGAUCUAAUCGGGGUAAAGACUAGAGUCUGAGUCCUUAUGGUCUGAUGAAGAGCUUAUCUGUCUGCUGUUGACUUUCUUAUAGAUCCCACGACCCAAACACUGUCCCUGCCUGGGUACGGUCGUAACAGUCUCAGCCAGGUGAGAACAACAUCAUUAAUCACUACCUGGUUUUAUUACACAGUAUGACUGAGGCUGGAGGAUGUGUUUUUGUAAACCCACGAAACCACUGUAUAAUUCUCUUUCAUCCACUCUGUAUCAAAGCUGUAUAAUUACUUCUAAUUUAGUUUUUUACGUAACUGCUAUUCAUUUACUCACUUAUACAUACACUGUAUAAUAAUUGUUGAUUGGUUAAUAGUUACAACUGCUUAUUAUUUUAUUUUUCCAAUAAAACAGUAGCCAGUCAAGAAAUACUAUUCAUCCACCCGUUUACUAUCCAUCUAUCUGAAAUGAAAUAAAAAUUGUGGUCCCAUUCUAAAUAUAUAUUAGACCUCUUACUUGCAAAAUUGUGCAAACAGCACCAAAUGCUUUCAACAACUAAUUUUCAUCUAUUGCGUUCCUAUACCGACACAAAAUAAGCAUAUAAAAUAAGUGUUUUUUUCAGUUGUUUUGGCUCCAAACAGUCUCAACAUUGGCUAAACUUUCAGCAAAAUUGUCUCAUUAGUUUUAUGGUAAAAUAAACCCACUUUGUUCUUGUUUAUUGGUGAGUGCCGAAAACAAAAGUCCGGCCAGAGAUUUUUUCAACACCACGUAUGAUGUAAAUGGCUGUUGUCAAAAUCUGUUUUAUGUGUUUUCUUCUUCUUUAGCCUCGAUCAGCUGAUUUUUCCAACUACAAUACUGACAGAUUCAGAGGUAGGGUGGAGUUUUUUUCAUGUUUUUGUUUGUCAUUCAUUAAAAAAAAAAGAGUUCAGAUAUUAAUUUGCUUUUUCUAUUUUCUUUCCCAUUUCUCACAGACUUUAAGGUAUUUUUGAAGACCAGACUGGAGUUUCAUGUCCAUUAAAUCCAUGCUUGGUUGAGUGCAUCACUAAAUGACUGUCUGCUUGAGCAUGUUUUUCUGAACUUCCUCAUGUGUACCUCCAUUAUUAUAACAUGUUGCCCAAGUGAUUUGUUCAUCAUAAGUCUUUGAUACACCUGUACUUUUACUUUGUUAUUUGGCUUUGUGCUUUGCAGUGACUAAUCCUGUCAUGACAUUUUCUUGUUGCAUGUGUUUGCUUCAUUUUGUAGCUCAACAAUGGCGGUCACCAUCUAUUAACACACAUGGACAGAGGAGUCUCAAUGCCUAACUUGUUGGAACCAAAAGCAAGUAUUACUUAAUGAGCCGUGUUUUUACCACCAUGUAGAUCUCUGUGUGUGAUAUAGAAAAGUUUUACUGCAUAAGCACCUUGAUGAAAUAUGAAAACAAUGCCUCAGCAUUAUAUCUGAGGACUUGUUGGGUUUCAAGGACAACUUCUCUGUCAUCCUCCCUGUGUUUAUAGCAUACUUGAGUCUGCUUGUAGAAACAGCUUCUGAAAGGAAUUUCUAUAGUAAGGGCUAAAGAACUGAUGCCAUAUAUCAUGUUGUUGAAAGCUGAAUUGUAUUUUUUUUUUGUAUAGAUGUAUUGCACACAAAAGCCCAUAUACAAAGUGUUCAGUACAUUGAGUUUAUAUGCUGCAGUUUGCUUGUCAGCUUACAGAGCGUUUUCUUUGUCAUGUCAAGGUCUAUCCGUAUGAAAUCCUCACAGUUGCUAACAGAGGCCAAGUAAAGCUUCCAAAGGAUGUUGACAGAACAAGACUUGAGGUACUAUAAUGUGAGAAAACCAAAGAAAGGCUGCAUUGAAGACAAAUGGAUCAUUGCACACAGAUGCUAACGAAAAACAGCACCAAAUGUCCUCCGAGCAUCUGUGGUUAACAUUUAAAAGCCAAUUUGUAUCUUAAUUACAUUAACAAGAAUAGCACUUAUGUGUCUCUCAAACCUAUAGUAUGAGUUUGAAAUUCAACACACCAAAACAAUAAACUGAGAACUAUUCUGUUUUUUUUCUUUCCUUUGCAGCGUCAUCUAUCCCGUGACUCCUUCUUUGAGAUCUUUGGCAUGGAUAUUCAAGAAUUUGACAAACUGCCUCUCUGGAAACGUAAUGACAUGAAGAAGUCAGCAAAUCUCUUCUAAACUGCUGCCCAAAGCAUGUUGUAACUUACUGACAGUAUGCAGUAACUUCCAAUCCAGCAUUUAACAACUCAACAUUUUUCUUUGGCCAAGAAAUAAAUCAAUUUAUCCUUUUUAGGGGCAAAAUGAUCCUUUUUUUAUCCUGUCAGUUUAAACAGACUGCUGUAUGGAUAAUGUUAAACCUAUUAUACCUCAAAGCAGAUAUGAACAUGAGAACUCAUCUUAGCUAGCCAGAGAGUACCCUCACACUGGACAAACCAGUUAACCCUUAUGUUGAUAAAUCUAAAAUGCAACCGAUUUCAUGGCACUUUUGUAGCAUGAAUACAAUUAUUAGAAACCUUUGUAUAUCAUUUUUACCCUUGUAAUUCUGAUACAAGAUAUGGAUCAGUUCCCUCAAGGUCUGAAUGCAUUUUACCCUUGCUGUCUCAAUAGCUCCUUAAUGAUAUAUUUUGUUGCUCUCUAUGGACUGAGGAAGUGUAUGCUUUAUUUUAUGUUCUAUUCUGACUUUUCUGUAAAAAAUCAUCACUGGGUUUGUAACCUUGGCUCUGUUUUUCCAUCACAACACCUUAAACAUCCUGAAAUAAAAUCUUAUAUUUCCAAUGAGUUCAAAA